AUGCACACGGGGAAGGGAAGGGCGAGGGUUAGGUGGAGUUGGAGGAGGUUUGGAGGUGGUGGAGGUGGAGGAUUUGGUGGUGGUGCAGGAAAAGGUGGAGGGUUUGGAGCAGGAGGUGGUGUUGGUGUUGGUGUUGGUGGUGGUGCCAGGGGUGGAGUAGGUGGUGGUGCAGGUGGCGGAGGAGGAUUCAGAGGCGGUGAAGGUGGAGGAGUUUGUGGUGCUGCUGGAAAAAAUGGAGGGUUUGGAGCCGGAGGUGGUGUUGGUGGUGGUGCAGGGGGUGGAGUAGGUGGUGGAGGAGGUUUUGGAGGUGGUAAAGGUGGAGGAUUUGGUGGUGGUGCUGGAAAGGGUGGUGGGUUUGGAGCAGGAGGUGGUGUUGGUGGAGCUGCAGGUGGCGGAGGAGGUUUUGGAGGCGGUAAAGGUGGAGGAAUUGGUGGUGGUGCUGGAAAACGUGGAGGGUUUGGAGCUGGAGGUGGUGUUGGUGGUGGUGCAGGGAGUGGAGUAGGUGGUGGUGCAAGGGGUGGAGGAGGUUUUGGAGGCGGUGAAGGUGGAGGAGUUGGUGGUGGUGUUGGAAAAGGUGGAGGGGAUGGAGAAGGUUUUGGAGGUGGUAAAGGUGGAGGAGUUGGUAGUGGUGCUGGAAAGGGUGGUGGGUUCGGAGCAGGAGGUGGUGUUGGUAGAGGUGCAGGUGGCGGAGUUGGUGGAGGAGGGUUUGGCAGUGGUGGAGGUGGUGGUGUUGGCGGUGGGUCAGGUCAUGGUGGUGGACUUGGAGUAGGAGGAGGAGUAGGUGGAGGCAUUGGUGGAGGUGCAGGAGGCGGCGGCGGUGGCGGCGGCGGCGGUGGCGGUGGCGGUGGCGGUGGUGGUGGUGAAGGAGGUGGUGGAGUAGGAGGUGGCAUUGGAGGUGGAGCUGGAGGAGGUUCUGGACAUGGUGGUGGAUUUGGUGCUGGAGGAGGUGUAGGAGGUGGAGCAGGUGGAGGAGUUGGAGGCGGUGGAGGAUUCGGAGGAGGAGGUGGUGGUGGUGGAAACUAA